AUGCCGCAGCAGCCCGAAGCAAAAUUUCUCCGUGAGCUGACCGAAGUCCCGGCCGGCUGGCCCCUGGCGACCGUCAUCGACGCCUUCGUCCACUUGGCUUGUGAUGCGGCGAGCCGAGCUCUUGAGGCGCUGAGCCAUCGGCUCGUGGAGCUCUGGGCCUCGCAGCCGGCGGAGGCCGAGGCCUGGCUCCAGCGGUGCCGGGAGCGCUUCGCAACGGAGCUCGCGGGCCAGGCGACGAGGCCGGAGCAGCUGAGCGAGGCGCUGCUCCGGCACGGCGCGGCCGAGUACGGCAAGUACGAAUACUGCGUUUCUCCGUGCUGGCGCUUCUGCGAGGCCGGGCUCCUGCGAGAUGAGCCGUGCGGCUCAGCAGCGGACCGGGAGUACUGGGCGGCUGAGUACCUGCAGGAUCCCGACGCCCGCCCUCGCUGCCGGGAGCUCGCGGAGCGGCUCGGGCAGGCCGAGAGCCAGGAGACGGCGCGGAAGCGGCAGAAGCUCGAGGAGGAGACCUCCGAGCGCCGGCGCCUCGAAGCGGAGCUCCAGAAGUCGCAGGAGGAGGGCCGAGAGCUACGCAAUCGCCUGGCUGUGGCGGAGGCGGAGGUGUCAUUCAAGACCGCGGAGCUCCAAACUGCGCGGAGCGAGAGCGCCAAGUGCAAGGAGCGGUGCGAAGAGCUCGUACGUCGCGCAACAGGUGCGGAGGCAGCCGUGGCGGAGAUGCGGCAGGAGCUCGGGCAGUUGCAGGAGGAGCACAGCCAGUGCCAAGAGCGUUGUGAGGAGCUCGUGGCUCGGUUGGAGGCAGAAGCAGCUGAGCAUGCCACGACCAAAGAGCAUCUCUCACAAGCCGAAUCCGAUGCUGCGGAAAGGAGGAUGGAGGUGGAGCGGCUGCAAGAGGAGAGUCGCAGCUACCAGGAGCGCAGCCAGCUCGCGGAGGCGCGCUUGGCAGAGGCCGGGAGCCCGGCCGAGAAGUCGGUGCUCCAGCAGCUGCUGGCGAAGGCAGAGGCCGAAAGAUCAGGGAUGCUCGGUCAGCUGCAGGUUUUGUGGGAAGAGAAGGGCAUGCACAAGGAGCGCAUCCGUGAGCUGGAGCGCCAGCUUCGUGCGCCGAAGCAACGCGAAGCCCAUCAUGCUGGUGCGCUCGCUUGCCAUGGCCUGGCAUUCAGUGAAGUGGCCUCCAACAGCCAGGAGCCCGAUCUUGCUGAGCAGCUGGGUUACAGCGUCGUGGAUGACGGCGGCACAUCUUCUUCGGUCUUGAGCUGCUCCUCGUGGUUCUCAGUGAAGCCGGAUGCCAUGAAGCCUCACUGCUUCAUGGUCGAUGCCAUCUUCAAGACCCGUAGCUACGGGGCGGACUUCUUCUUAAUGGGCAGAGACCUCAAGAAAGGGUCGCAGGUGGUGGCCGGAGAUGAUGCCUCUAUCCUGGAGGUGGCCAAGACGCCGGAGAUCUGCGAUGCCAGCGAGGUCGUGGAGUUGCAGGCGGGCACUGCAACUUUGCGGGUGACUCCAGACCACUUGGUGCAGGUGGCUGAUGCGAAGGGCGAGGUGGAGGAAAGCCUCUACCUCGAGGCUGGCAAGCUGAAGGCGGGCGACCUGGUGAUGCUCGACUCCGGCGACGUGGCGGCCCUUACCAGCGUUACCAUUCGGCCGCUGGCCUGCCAGGUGCUGAAGAUCGUCUUUGAGCCCUACCUGCCCGUGGCGGUCUUCUCCCGCCCGACUUGCAUCCUCAGCCUUGGCCACAAGAAGGCGGUCAUUCGUCGUGGUGGAAGGAGCCAGGCAGGUCCGGGUCCCUCGGAUGCAAGCAUGGAUGGCAGGGCCUCCAUCCCGAUCACGGCGGGUGAGUACAUGGACUAG